UUAAGAAACUCGAGAUCUACUCAAGAAACUCAAGAUUUACUUGAGUUUUCCAUUUAUUCUCUUAUAUCUUUUAUGUUUAAUAAUAAUAAUAAUAAUAAUAAUAAUAAUAAUAAUAAUAAUGAUAAUGAUAAUAAUAAUAAUUCCAGUGUUACCCAAAAGGUGUGGAAGCAGUGAUGCUCAGAAGAUCUGAAGCAGCAGCUACAUAAAGGUUAAAUAAGAGAAGGCUUGUGUGUUGUGUGCUCCUGCUCCUGCUCCUGUGGAAGUCCAUGGGCUCCAGUUGCACUGCUGAGACUCAGUUCACUUCCCACAAUGACAGCUCUGUAUCGGACAUUCCUCCUCCUCCUCCUCCUCUCAGUCAGUAUGGCUUUAAUGGUGGCACAGAGGUCUGUGAGGAGUAAGAGAAGUCUACUGGAGCUCGCCGGGAUCAUUAAAUGCACCACGGGCAGGUCGGCCUUAUCCUACGUGAUGUAUGGCUGUUAUUGCGGGCUCGGAGGGAAAGGCUGGCCCAGAGACAGGGCAGACUGGUGUUGCCACAAGCACGACUGCUGCUAUGGUGAUGCGGAAGUCGCAGGCUGCCAGACAACGACCGACAAAUAUCAGUGGACUUGUGAGGACAAAGAGGCUGACUGUGAUUCCCUUAAAGACAGAUGUGAGAAGAUCCUCUGCCAGUGUGACAGAGAAGCAGGCAGGUGCCUAAGAAAGGCCCCUUACAAGAAGAAAUAUGCCUUUUGGCCAGACUUUCUGUGUGGCUGUGUCCAUCCUACCUGCAAUAUAUACUGACGUUGUGUAUUUAGUCUAUCUAUCUGCUAUUGAGUAAACAUGCUUUAUUGCAUAUUGAUCGGUUUUUUUCGGUUUAUCAUUAUUUUCAGUCAUACAUGUAGUCAAAGUUGUCUUUUGAUGGUUUAUUACUUUGGAGAUUAUUAAUCGUUAUUAGUGUACACUUGAGUGACAGUUUAAAGGAAAAAUGGUGGCUCUGUUAUACUGUGCGUUAUACAUUUUGCUGGUAUGGUUCAGGUUCACUUGUUCUCUUGGGAAGAGUCGCUGCAAAUCAGUACAAAGUUAUUAAUCAAAGUUAUUCUAACUGAUCUGAGCUUUAUCCUGUGAUGAAACAUUUCUGUCCUGAUCCAAGCUGACAAUGUGUCCAUCCCAAUGACUGUAUAUAUGAGUGGACAAUAUGGCGCCAUUUUCAUGUACUGAGGCCUUUUUUUGGCCAUCUUGAGGAAACAAUCGAGGAAAUUUGAGGAAAAAAAAGAUACUGCUCUCCAUGAUUAUCAUCAGUAUGUCACCCAUAUGAAUGUAGAAGUGCUCUUUUAUGCACCGUUUGUUCUGUCGGUGGAGUUCGUUUAAAAAGGAGUGACUGGCCAACCUUAUCAAACUACUUCAAGUGUUAGCUAGGAUCAUACCAUCAAUAGUUAAUUGUUAUGAAAUUUAGCUAGUUUUAGCUGUCUUGGUUUAUGCCAUCACUUCGUUCACUCACAUUGGGUUGCUAGGUAUAAUAUCAGUACAGCAAUUAGCUAGCUUAGAUAAGAGCUCAGGAGAAGACAUGGCUUUGCUACAAAACUGUCAAGAGAUUUAGGUGUGACUUGGAAAGUGUGUGUGUGUGUGUGUGUGUGUGUUCAUGAGGCUGGACUAUUUUGUCCAAAAAUGGCAAUCGCCUCAUCAAACAGCUCCUAUAAAACAUGUUCAUUGUAAGGAAUAAAAUUCGGGGAGAUAUCAAGGUCAACUGAACGAGUAAAUAGUGACAGAACACUAUUCCCAAAAAUAAUUUGUGGAGAUGCUAACAUGUUAACAUUUAAGUUUGGGUCUUUUCUCAUUCACUAACAUAGGAAUGGGCGGGGUUAAAAAUUGUACAGCAGUCAGCCACUAGAGGGCCUCAGAGACAUUCAGGCUUCACUUGUGAAUCCCUGGUGCAGUGUGAUGUCCAAUCAUAUAUACAGUAUACUGUUACUGGUCCAUCCACAGAUAGAUAACUGAUAGAUAGAUAGAUAGAUAGAUAGAUAGAUAACACACACAGAGACUCGAGCAGUAUGUUGGAGCACAUUUGAUGAACACUAGUUUUCUAAACCUUACUUUUCACGUUUAAGACUUUUUAACACUUAAUUUCCACAUUUUAAUAUAAACAAUCAUUUUUGAUAUCAUUUUUCAUCAUAUUCAUGUAUAAAACAUCACUUCAACAGUGAUACACACUUCUGCAUGUGUGUAAUACUAACCCUUUAGCUAUCCAUCCAUCCUUCUGUUCAUAUAUCCUCCAUCUAAACUAAUGUUCCUCUAAUCAUCCAUGUCCUCCAUGCAACCAUCCACAUGUAUUCCGUUACCCUAACUGCAUGUCUAAUCAUCCAUCCAUCCAUCCAUCCGUCCAUCCAUGCACUCCUCUCUCUCUGUUGUAGACAGAUAGAUAGAUAGAUAGAUAGGGUGUAGUCCAAGUUUAGCAGAGUAAUAGAGAAACAGGAUGUUUUCCACUGUGAUAUUUUCCACUCUGAAAUAAAAUAAUUAUUACUUUUUUUAAUUAAUUUGACCUGCAUUUAAGCCUUCGAUGAUGGAUACACGUCUCUGUUUUUAUAUUGUUCUCAUUCUUUAAUUCAGAGAUUCCCAUCACAGUCUGUUGGAUGCAAUGUGCAUUCAUCCUUCAGGAAACUCAAGAGUUAAAAAGUGUGACCCAUAUUGAAGUGUUUCAAAUGUUUUAACUGUUAAAAAACCAUUCAGCU